UUUAAAAAUUUUUUUUAAAAUGUGAUUUCAUAAUUCAUUAGCAAAUACAUAAAUCAUUAUGUUUUAUCUGUAGUCCUCUCCGGUGACUGUAAUUUGGAGAUACCACAAAGUAAACUCUACUUUUUUAGCCCUAAAAUUUAGGAGCAAGAAUAAGCUUUUUCAGAGAUAGAAAGAGUCAAAAUACAGGGGAAAAAAAAAACUGUAAAAGAGAGAAUAAGUUUGGGUUAUAUGGUCAAAAACGAACUGGCAUUUGCCAUCCUCUUUCAUCUGCUGGAGCUGAGCUAAAUACUUCUGAUAAUAAAAUAACUAAAAUAAAUGCUGCACCCAAUAACCUAGCUUGAAUUGAAGUAGCAGAGGAAUUUGAAUACAUUUGAUGAUAUAAUAGGAUUUUUUUUCUUCAUUGAAGCAAGCUUAGACAGAAGCUGGAAUAGUGUGAAAAUGGAUCAGAAAUACAAGUGUAUUUUGAUAUUGUUCUGCCAAAUCCCGUUCUGUAUUACUGUCCCCUCCUGACCCAGGUCGACUUACUAACAUUUACUUCCUUAUCUUCUGCGGUGGAUUAAUAAUGGCUGCAAGUUCUUUGUCACUGUCCCCAGUCAAGACCUAUUUCCCCAGUUCUUGAAUGUCAGCUGGUGCUGUGACGGCUUAACCAGUAGGAUGCAAUGGAAAUGACCCAUGCAGCCUCCACAUUCAAGGCUCAGGAGGGCUGGCGGCUUGGGCUUCUUCCCUCUUGGGAUGCUUCUGCUCAGAACCCAGCCAUGCUGUGAGAAGCCCAAGCUUCACAGAGAGGCCACAUGUUGGUGCACCCUUCCACAGUCCCUGCCGAGCUCCCAGCUGACACCUGGCAUCGACUCCCCGUCACGUGAGUGCCAUCCUCAGUGUUUCAGCUCAGUUGUAUCCUAGCUGAUUGCAGCCCCGGCUGACAUCAAAUGCAGCAGAAGAACCACUCAGCCGAACCCAGUCAACCCGCAGACUAGGGAGACAGAAUACAGCAGUGAUUGCUUUAAGCUAUUUCAGGGCAAUUUGUUUCACAGAAGCAUAUAAUUGAAAAGCUUUCCAGAGAAAAUUCCGGAACUGAGACUGUGGAAGAUCUCCUUCAAUUGAAAUUAUAAAUAGGUAGCAUUUAAUUAGCCUAUGCUUUUUGUUUGUUUGUUUUGUUUAUUUUGAGACAGAAAUUGAAAGAGUGCAGGAGGGAAGGAGAGAGAGAAUCCCAAGCAGGCUCGCAGUGACAGCACAGAGCCUGAUGCAGGGCUCAAACUCACAAACCACAAGAUCAUGCAUGACCUGAGCUGAAACCGAGAGUUGGCUGUUUCACCGAGUAAGCCACCCAGGCACCCCUAAAUAGCCUAUGCUUAAUCCUUACAAGUUCUGGAUAUCACUAGGCAAAAUUUCGGAAAGCUCUUAUGUUGGAAACUAGGCACCUGUAAGUUUGUUUACAAACCACAUUAAGGUACUGAGCCUUUUUCAUUAUUACACUUUCUGGUCCGUUUAUUCUCCCAUUGAAGUGAUGGGUAAGCAAUACAUAUUGAGAUGCAUUAUUGUGAUUAAAAAGAAAAGUGGUAUUUUUCAGCAGAAACAGCAUGAGUCAGACUUUUGUUCAAAUCUUGGCCCUAUCACUUAAUAGCUUUACGUCCGUGGCUAAGUUACCUAAGCUGCCUGAGUAGUUCUCUAUUUCGAAGAUGAUACGUACUGUACGGGAUUAGUGAAGACAAGAAAUAAUAUAUGUUAAGAACCUAGCUCAGUGCCUGGCACAAAGGCAGAGCUCCUUAAAUGUAGCUGUUGUUGUGAUGAAGGAGGUGGUAAUGUGGUUUUUGAAAGGUAGCAAAAAUCUGCUCUUUUUCAUUUUUUUAAGGGGAUGCAGAGAUGUGGGUGUUCCUGGGCUUUAUUGGGGUAGAGUCUAGAGGGUUAACGCGACAUAUCCUUGCAAUUCUUCCUACAGACAGGCAUGUUUCAUCCAAAGGAAAUUUCGAUCCCUUACCCAUCCAUAGCACCCUUUCUCACUUCUUUAUUUCCAUAGGGGAUUUGGUUAAGGGAUAAGGGCAACUUUUGGUUCCUACUCUCAAGGGGAGAACUCAUGAAGAAUUCUCUCUCUCUUUUUUUUUUUUCUUUAUGUCCUCAACCCCCUUUCCUCAAUUACAUUCACCUUCUGAUUUGGUGGGAAAGAACUCUACAGGAUGCUGGCGUUGUGCAAGCUGAUCUUAGCUUUGAGGUGCCACAGGGCUCAUGGAAUACAUCUCCAGGGAGGACACGUACACAUCCACAGAUUUGAAUAGCCCCGGGGAAAAGGCAGCUGUGGCAGCCCACAGGAUUUUGUUUCUGCUGUUUUGUUCUAGCCUUUGUGUGAUACGUUGUUUUCCUUUCUAAGGGUCUUUAAGAUGACAAUUAGAGCAGCGCCCAGUAAUUUCUUUGUCGGCGGAAUAUGUUUGUUCUCGGUGAUUAAGGUGAAGUGGGUAGUUGUUAUUGGUGUAAGCUGAGGACCACUUUUCUUCACUCUGGGUUACCAUUCUUGGCAUCUUCUCUUACCUGCCUGGCUUGGGCUGCUGGAACCCCAUUUUUAAUUUUGAAACUGAGAUGAUAAUUGUGAAUGAAGUGCCAAUGUAUUAUAUUGGAGUGUGGUAUUGGUUUGGGGCAAAAGUGAGGAGUUAGGUACCGUGUAUUUAAACGGGGUAAUCUCUAAAGUAAUUACAAAUUACCCUAAUUUAGUGUAAACACUUACUUGCUUAUAUCGGUUCUGAACAUUCACGUGAAUGUUGACAAUCAAAAUGUGAAUACCUCUCAGUGUGAAUACUGUAAAGGCUUCCCCAUAGAUUUUCCAUGAUAUGAAAUAUCAUGUCCGUUGCUAAAAUCUUUCAGAAAACUCUCACUGCUUUAAAAUCAAAUGGCCAAAGCCAGAAAGUUAGGCACAGGAUCUUACUUUAACUAUUCUUGUUUUAAAAUAUUGGUUACUGGUAUAUAAGUGCAGGUUAUGUGGAGGAUAAGUCAUUUUGCCCAUCAGCUUGUCACAGUCAUAAUCGCAGUUAGGCCAAUUGGUUCAGGCUUUUGUCGUUGUUGUUAGUUAUAGUACUGCAAACACGUUUUGAGAGUUAAUAUCCUUUAAAUCACUUAUAAUUAUGGACCGAUUUUAUUUUGAUGUGAUAAUAGUCUUCUCGCUUGCCCACUUAAAGCUUAAAACUAUUUCAAAGCGGUGGAGAUUGUGUUAUACAAAAUUUAAUGUGCUUAAAGCAGAAUUUCUCAGGACUUGAGCUCUAAAUUUAUUGCUGCUGGGACUCAUAUGAUGGCUAUGUAGUAUAGAUUUAGAGAGAGCUUUUAAGACGCCCAUUGACAUAGGUGAGCAGAAUGGUUCCUUGGAAACCAUUUGGGUGUCCAGUCAUGGUAAAGCAUGGACUAAGGGCUCAGAUGCAUACAGUGCAAGAACAGGAGGGAGGUUCAGGGAACCCCGUGCUGUCUGUUAAAGACGGCAUUUCUUCCAGUCUUUUAACGGCUGCUGUUUUAAAAGGGGGGCAAAAGCAGCAUUGAAACUAUCUGUAAGGUAAAGCUACUGAGACCUAACCCAAAGGCAUGCUCUUAUGGAAAACUCUUCUUAAUACUUGCAGUGUGGUUCUAGCGGAGGACAUGUGGUAUAUAUUACGGCUCCUGGGGAAUUCAGACCUCUGCAGUGUGGAGUCACCGUGAAGGCUAAUUUCAAAACAAAGUGGUAGCCUUUUGCUCCCUUCAUAGCGCUAUUUACCAGUGUUUCUUAUUAGCUUGACAUUAGUCUAGGACUGCUGUGGGUGGAAAGAGGAAACGGAAAUUCAAAUGGGACCGGAGUGGGGAUCCAUGAACUCCUCUCCCCUUCCCUCCCACCCCUCCUUCAGCAUAGGCUCAGCACUUUACCCUGGGCAUUGCAGUCUUACACAAUCUUCGCCAAAAGGGCUGAAGGCAGAGCUGUCCAAGGUUCGAAAAAAACACGUUCUGACUGUUGGUUGAAAAUCAGGUAAUAACAGUCCUCUUGGUGAACAAAACUUAUUAGAGGGCAGGGGAAGGAAUGCUAUCUCUCAGCGGCAGGCAAGGAGAAAUUGCUGUUGAAAAGCUUACCUCUCUAGGGAGGAAUCAGAUAUCAGACUUUGCCAAGCCUCAGGUCCAACCCAUAAGGUCCCACCUACAUCCCCCGCCCCAUCCCAGCUUUGUUAGAUUGCUAGCAUCGAUCGCUGGCUUUUUCUGACCCCACAGUGGGUGAAGGAAAGAGAGCCGGCAAGACCAGAAGCAAGCAAGGUGGGGGUGGAAAACUGGGGCUGCUUUUGUGGAGAGAAAAAGAGAAAGGGAAGAAAAGGGGUGGGGGCCAUGGGGACUGAGCUUAACUGGUGCCUGCCUGCUUCUCUUUGAUUUGAUGGCCUUUAUUCCUUCUAAUUGGAUAAAAUAGGAAGUCACUGGCAGUCCUGCGUCGCUGGGUAUACUGAUUUUACUCAGACCAGCCAGCAGCUCUGGAGUGCGGACAGAGGGAGGAGGGAGGAAAAAGAGAGAGACAGAGAGACAGAACGUCUUUGGAUGAGGAGGGGAAAGGAAGAGAAAGAGACUAUGAAGCCGGGCAGAGCUGCGGGGGAAGAAAGUGAAUGAGCGCUCAAGAAGGACAAAGAGGAGUGGUUGGGGGGGUGGGGGCGGAGGCAGAGCGGGGAGGGGAGUCACCGCCCCUCCGGGCCGCACUCUUCUCUUCGGAUCCCUGUGUGAUGAUACUGUUUGCAGUGAUGCUCCCGGGGCAGGCACCUGCUGCUGUGUAAUGAUUCAGCCUCUUUCAGCCUUCGCGUUAACACAACAGGAUGCUGUUGCUACUCUCACUGCUGCCUCUCCUGCCGCCGCCGCUGCUGCCGCCUCCGCCGCCACCUCUGGUCCUGCUUUUGCUUUUACUUCUCCUGCAUGACAGUUGUUUUCUCCAUCUAAGCAGACACCAGCUUCAGAUGCUCGAGGUGAGAAACAUGCCUUUCAGUUUGGGCUACUGGUUUACUUAACUGACCAACGAUCAGCUCG